AUGCGAGAUAGUGGAAGAUACUGGCCGUCGGUUGAAAAGGUGCUUCCGAGUCCCGCUGUUAUCAUCUUAUACGAUAACCCUUCUAGUCGAGUUAUCACUGGUCUUGCAAAUGGAACAAUAUCUGAUUUCACUCUUUCUGCUGAUCUAAAUUGCAUGAACCACAAUCGUGAUAUUUUGGCUCAUGUUGACCGCAUCACUGGUCUUAUGUGGGUUAAAGAACUAAAACUCAUCAUUUCAACUUCGAAAGAUCAAAUGUGUACCUGGUUUAAUGAUGAAACAGGUCAACGAAUUGCUUCUUUCAAUAUUGAAGCCUCUGGAACAUGCUUACAGUUCGAUGUUGCUACCAAAUGUCUAUUUGUUGGCGAUGCAAAUGGAAGAAUUACACUUCUUAGUUUCGCCAAAUCUCGUGAUUUUUCAUCUUAUGAACUGAUCCGUCAAUUUAAUGGUCACACAAAAAGUGUCACAUCGAUGUGCUGGGAUGCAGUUACUUCUCGCCUCAUUUCCUCUUCUGCGGAUAAUUCUGUUAUUCUUUGGGAUAUUGGAGGUGGAAAAGGUACUGCCUAUGAACUUCAAGGUCACAAGAGCACUGUUACGACAGCCAAGUGGUGGCAUAGGCCGUUGUCACUCUCAGCAAAAAACGGUGAUCAGCCUUUGUCGACUAGUGACGCACGCCCAGCUGCCAACUAUGCAACUUAUGUCAUUUCCGUAGGUCUAGACGGUCUGGUCUACUUCUGGCUAAUCGAUGGGGAGGAUUCACGUGGUAGGCGGGUACAUCGUCAAGAGACUCCCAACUGGGCCGAAUCGGAUGUCUGCCAGCUCUGCAAUGCCGCCUUCUUCUGGAAUAUUAAGAAAAUGUGGUCUGAUAUGUCUGUCGGUGUUCGCCAACACCAUUGUCGACGCUGUGGAAAGGCAGUAUGUGAGAAGUGUUCCCUGAAUCGUUCUGUCUAUCCCAUCAUGGGAUUUGAACGAGAAGUCCGGAUGUGCACCGAGUGUUUCAAGGCAAUUUCCGGCGAAGAUCUAACAAGCCUAGCGCAUUACUACGAUGCCCGUCAUCCCAUUGUCCGGCAUCAUCUCCUUGGUGAUCAGAACAUCAUGCUGACGAUUGGAAAGAACAAGGAAGUCAAGGUAGGGAUAGCUUUUCUGAUAGCAUUUUUAUAA